AUGCUUGAUGCGUCGACUCUGGUCGGAGGCAUAGGCGUUGGCUUUGCCGUCUAUUUCAUUCUUAGAGCCUUCCAAGUUUCCAAAUUACCCCCGCUUCCUCCUGGACCUAGAGGUCUUCCAGUACUCGGAAAUUUGAAAGAUCUUCCCCCGCCUGGGAUACUUGAAGCAACUCACUGGCUGAAGCACAAAGAGCUCUAUGGCCCUAUCAGCUCUGUCACAGUGAUGGGGCAAACGAUUGUCAUUAUCAAUGAUGCCAACAUUGCAUUUGAGCUGUUGGAUAAGCGAUCUAUCAAAUACUCAUCCAGGCCCAAAUUGGUCUUCUCUGGUGAAAUGGUUGGCUGGGAAGAUUCGGUUGGAUUUUCAGGAUAUAACGAACGCUUCAAAACCUACCGAAAGAACAUGGCUCGUAUCAUCGGCUCCAAGACAGCGGCAGCUGAGUAUAAUGGCCUACAGGAAGCGGAAGUCGGUCACUUCUUGCUUCACGUGUUAGAAAAGCCGGAGAACUUGGUGGAUCACAUCAGGAAGGAAGCAGGUUCGGUUAUCUUGAAGAUCGCUUACAACUACAAAGCAGAGCCUUUCAAGGAAGAUGUGCUCAUCAACAUGGCUGGUAAAUCCAUGGACAAUUUUGCUACCGCCGGGGUGCCUGGUGCAUUCCUGGUUGAUAUCCUGCCUUUCUUACGGUAUGUUCCAGACUGGAUGCCAGGGACCGGCUUCAAAAGGCUCGCCCGCCAAUGGGCAUCAGAGCUAGAGGAUCUCCUCGAGAAGCCUUACGCUUUUGUCAAACAUCAACAUUCUCUCGGAAGGAAAGAUAACUCGUUUGUCACACGCCUUCUAGAAGCGGGUGACUCCACCGCCGAAGAGAAGUUGACUAACAAGUGGUCUGCUGCAUCGUUGUACGCAGCGGGGGCUGACACUACCGUCUCCUCACUUGCGUGCUUCUUCUUGGCCAUGAAGCUCCACCCAGAAGUUCAAAGAAAAGCCCAAGAAGAAAUUGACCGUGUCGUCGGCGGGGAGAGACUACCGACUACUGAAGAUCGUUCCAAUAUGCCUUAUCUUGAUGCUAUAGUGAAGGAAGUCUUAAGAUGGCACCCAAUUGCUCCCAUGGGAUUGCCUCACACAUGCACAGAAGAUGAUAUUUUCGACGGAUACCUAAUCCCUCAAGGCUCCAUGGUGAUUUCCAAUAUUCUACACUUUGCACACGAUCCAGAGGUAUACAGCGAACCGAUGGCAUUCAAGCCAGAGAGGUUCUUAUCAAGUGAUGGCAACCCUGAACUAGACCCGCAAACCUACGCAUUUGGAUUUGGACGCCGUGUUUGCCCAGGACGAGUGCUGGCUGAGAACGCUCUUUUUCUAAACAUUGCGCAGUCUCUAGCCGUUUUCAACAUUAGCAAGGAUGAGAAGGAACCUGACAUGGAACUCAAGUUUACACCGGGCGUUGUUAGCCAUCCUGAGCCGUUCAAGGCUAUAAUAAAGCCAAGAUCUGCACGCCAUGAGAAGUUCAUCCGGUCGUUGGAGCAGAAGUAUCCUUGGGAGAAGAGUGAUGGGGAUAUAUUGGAGAGUAUGGAGAGCCAUCGUUUGCAGUAA